GCGAGAGAGAACAGAAGCAGCGGUGAGCCGAUGAAGAAUGCACUGAUUUUGAGAACUCUUAUCGAGUUAAAAUUUAAGUUUAGAUUAGUGUCAUGCAUUAAAACUGCAUGUUGAUGCAUCUAAGUCUUCGUUUUCCGUAACGAGCCUGUUAUUUAUAGUAACGUGACAAGUUUAUAUAGUGCUCGUACGUGAAACAGCAAACAGACUGUUAAGUGUUUAAAAAGUCAUUCAGCGUUGGAGUUGAAUACUGCCGUGUUUCCGUGCGUUUGCAUCCAGUUUUGUUAGUUCGUACGAACUCAAAACGUGGUGAAUGUGUUGCUUAUUUUUUUGUGAGGAGAGUUAAGCUGAUUCGUUAGAUGGGAUCGUAUGUUGUUCGUGCUCUUGGACCGAUCUUCGUUGGACUGGAUUGCGGCCUCGUCGGAUCAAGGUGUUGUCUUUAGGAUCACGGGGGGCAAUUGUUGAAGAUCCUAGAGUUAAAAGAACAGUACCCUGCCUAUUCAGACACCUUUCAGCGCUCCAUCUAUGUUCCAAGAGUGGUGAUGUGCUUCAUUUUCUUAAUUUUCCACUGAAUGCUGGUAAGCAAGAAAUCUUUUCUUUAACACGUGUAUAAGGACUGAACUGUGCUUUAAGAGAAAACUCUCAUACACGGAACUGUAACGUGAAUUUACCUGCAAGUCUAUGAACCGUCCAACUACUGAAUGGACUGAGUAUAAUUUUCCCCGGAUUUUUGAAGUGAACUUUUCAAAGUUUGAGUUGAACUGAAUCACACUGAUUGUGAAUGUGAAACCUUUCAGUGCCAUAAAAGAAGAACUCCGAUUGUUGUUUAAGUUUCAACAAAAACACUAACGCAUUGUUUAUAUUUUCUUUAUUGUUGUCAAUCUUUCAUUUUACUCCAAAUUUACUGAAUUUGAAAUACCUUUACUUUUCCUGUGAAGAAACUAAAGAAAGAAGUAAUUUAUUCUGUCUCUUGAGUCUAAUGUUUUUCAUCUGGAUAUUUCUAGUUAGUUAAACUAAAACUGUGGUUACCAAAUUGAGUCUUUUACACUAAGGAGUGGGGGCGUCUCAUCUAUCCUGUUAGAUUUGGAGAAGGUGGGUUUUGCAGUUGAAAGCUAGUAUCUUUAAAGUCAUCUGUACACACACACACUCCAGGUGCCACCGUGUAUAGAGUAAAUCCUGGAGCCCACUACACCUCAUCUAUAGCACCACACCGCAACACGAUAGACACCAACCAAUAACCACUUGUUGUACUGAGACCUAAAGCAUUGGGUGGGGGGACUAAGAUCCUGUUGCUCACUCAGUCUUCCUUAGGUGUAAGGGUUUAAUAUUUCCCCCACAAGGCGGUGGCAUAUUCCCCUCCGUCACAUAUUGGCGUCACGAACAGGAUCAACUCCUGAUUCCUGAUUUAGUGCAAGUUUCUGGUCAUUGAGUCGACGUCAUGGCUGAACUGGAAGAAUUAAAGAGACAGUUCGAAGAGAUGCAACGGCGGUUCGGUGAGCAGACAGGCAUGUUAGAGCAAGCAAGAGCCGAACAGAGGGAGGCGCUUUCCCUUGCUAAAACUGUUAUUGAACAGCAAGCAGCUGCUCAAAGAGCGCCAUCUACCGUGUACAUCCCAAGAGAUCGUAAACUUCCUGAGUUCAGCGGAUGUCGUUCCAAGCCUGGUGAGUUGAGUAUAGAAGAAUGGAUACAUUCCAUGAAGUCUGCCUUCAAGGUGAUGAAAAUUCCUGAAGAAGACAGAAUUGAGUUUGUUAAGCAAUAUUUAAAAGAUGAGGCAAAGAUGACAGUCAAGUUUAUGCUCAAUGGAAAGGAGAAGUCAGUGAAUGAUAUUUUCGAUGCUUUGGACCAGACAUAUGGGGACAAGCUUCCCAUUGGCAGCAGACUAAAAGAGUUUUAUGACCGCAAACAAAUGCCUGGAGAAACCAUCCGUUCUUAUGCUUAUGAUUUGCAGGAGAAGCUGAGUAUCAUCCAGACCCGGGAGCCAUCCAGAGUUCCUGAUGCUGAUGGCGUGUUGAAGGAACAGCUUGUGUUAGGCCUCAAAGAUGAUUCGCUACGGCGUGAAAUGAAAAGGAGAGUUAAAGCUGAGAAGGAUCUGACAUUCAUACAGCUUAUGCAGGAAGCUAUUACUUGGUCAGAAGAAGAGGAGGUGCAGGUUCCAAGCAAUCUAAGAACCAGUAGUCGUUCACGCGGUGUUGUUCAUGCUACCACUGCAGCAGAGAGCCCUUCAGUCCCUCUAACCCUGGAGUCGCUUCAUGAGGCAAUUCAACAGAUAGCUGCCCGACAAGAAGAACUGUUUCAAAUGGUAAACAGCACAGAAAAGGUGAAACCUCCUGCGAAGGAAAGCAAGCUAAAAAGUGCACCUUUAAAAGAUAGUGAAGGAAGAUACAUCUGCUAUACUUGUGGUAAGCCAGGGCACACAAGUCGUCGUUGUCUUCAGAGCAGAGAAAAUUUAAGUAGAGUGCAACCUCACAUGGCAGAGAUGGAAAAGACAACUGACCGAGACACGUCAGUGCUAGAGAGUCCAGGUCCAUCCGUUAUUAGAAGUCAUACUGCAGACUGUGAUACAGGGAAUGUUCCCAAAACUCUUUGUGAAAGUGCUUUUGGAGAUUGCCUAACCAUUGAACUGAAAAUUGCUGGUGUCAGAACUGUCUGCCUCUUAGACACAGGGUCAGAGGUGACUACUAUCACAGAGUCACAUUUUCAGAAUCACUUUGGAGAAGUUGUGCUGUCGUCCUCCAACUGGGUCCGACUUACAGCAGCAAAUGGCCUAGACAUUCCCAUCAUAGGAUGUCUGGAGGCCGACAUAGAGUGUAUGGGGAAGAUGCUACAUGGAAAGUGCGUGUUUGUGAUCAAAGAGAGUGAUUCCAAUAGAACAGAGUUGAAAGGAUUGCCUGGCAUUGUUGGAAUGAAUGUGUUGAGCGAUCUCAAAGAUCUAUUCAUGGCCACUGAAGGUGUAAGGAAGAUGGACAGGUAUAGCCAUGGUUUCGAGGAAGCAAAGGUCCAGCGAGUGUUGGCUAACAUUAAGAUGCAAACUGAGGCACUGAGCUGUGGUGACAAGAUUGGCUUUGUGAAGGUAGCUGGGAAGCAAGCAAUCACUAUUCCACCAUUCAGUGAACGUGUUUUGGAAGGCCGUUGCAGAGUACCACCAAAAGUGAGCUGUCAAGUGUUGGUGGAGGCUUCGUCAAAUGUAAGCCUGCCUAAAAGUGUUCUGAUUGCUAAUGUGCUCGCCAAGACAGCUGAUGGCAAAGUCCCUGUUAGAGUGUUGAAUUCUAGUGAAAAGCCGGUAAAGCUUCCGGCACGAUGUAGGAUCGCUGCGCUGUCCAAGCCACAGGAAGUUGUGUCAAAAGAGCUUGUCGAGUUUGAAGAGAAAGAGGGUGCUUUGCAUGUUAAGGCUGUGCAGCAACGUCAAGUGAAAGAAGAGGUAAGCAGCAUGGAGCAAUUGCCAGUUCCAGUGAAAAUAAAUUUAGAGAACCUCACAGAAACUCAACGCCGCAAACUUCAGGACCUACUGGUUAAGCACAGUGAUGUGUUUUCAAAGAACGAUUGUGAUCUUGGUUAUACGACAGCCGUCACCCACAGUGUUCCAACAGGAGACGCUCCUCCUAUUAAGCAAAGACAUCGUAGAAUUCCACCUCAGGUGUAUCAGGAAGUGAAAAAACAUGUUCAAGAUUUGGUGUCUCAAGGUAUUCUCAAAGAAAGCUGUAGUCCGUGGGCAUCUCCAGCUGUGAUUGUGAUUAAGAAGGAUGGCAGCAUACGCUUUUGCUGUGACUACAGAAAGUUGAAUAAAGUGACCUGUAAAGAUGCUUAUCCCCUCCCGCGUGUGGAGGAAUCAUUGGAUGCCUUGGGAAACGCGCAGCUGUUUUCCACCCUUGAUCUUACUGCUGGCUAUUUCCAAGUAGCGAUGAGUGAAGAGGACAGAGCAAAGACAGCUGUCACCACUCCCUUUGGACUCUUUGAAUGGACCAGAAUGUCCUUCGGACUUUGCAAUGCUCCUGCGACAUUUCAACGUCUGAUGGGGGUGGUGCUGGGUGAUCUGACGUUUGAUAUAUUGCUCAUCUACCUUGAUGACAUUAUCAUCUUUUCGAAAGACUUCGAUAGCCAUUGUCAAAGGCUAGAAAUGGUGUUCAACCGGUUGAGACAGCAUGGUUUGAAACUAAAACCCAGUAAGUGUUUUCUUUUGAAACCCGAAGUGAAAUUCUUGGGUCACCUAAUUUCUUCCCAGGGAAUAAAGGUGGACGGAGAGAAAACCCAAGCAUUGGAAACAUGGCCUGCACCCAAGAGUGUCAAGGAGUUGAGGCAAGUACUCGGAUUUAUGAGUUACUACAGGAGGUUUGUUCCUAGUUUUGCUCAGUUGGCCCGACCUCUUCAUGCCCUGGUUGGUAAAGGAGGGAAAGGAAAAACGGUUGAACCACUUGACUGGACAACUGAGUGUCAAACUGCAUUUGAUAAACUCAAGCAGUGUUUAAUGUCUCCACCAAUCCUCGCAUACCCGGAUUUCAGUCAAUCAUUCGUACUCACAACUGAUGGAAGCCUGCAUGGUCUUGGGGCCGUGUUAAGUCAACGACAAGGGGGUGCUGAGCGUGUGAUCGCUUAUGCAAGUCGGGGCCUUCGUGGUUCAGAAAAGAACGACCGAAAUUACAGUUCUUUCAAGCUAGAGUUGCUUGCCUUGAAAUGGGCUGUGACCGAAAAGUUCAAAGAAUACUUGAUCUACUCCAAGUUCGCUGUGAUAACAGAUCACAACCCUUUGCGUUACUUGGAGACCGCAAACUUAGGAGCUGUAGAACAACGAUGGAUAGCUCAUUUGGCAGAGUUUGAUUUUGAGGUUUAUUAUAAGCCAGGACGACAGAACAUCAACGCGGAUGUGUUAUCAAGAAUUCCAUCUGGUCAGGAGCCAGAGCAAGAGGACUCCUCUAAAGAUUUCAUCAAGAUGAACUCGGAUGAAGUGCGUGCAUGCUUGUGGCCAGUCGCUGGAAAGCAGCAGAAAGUACAAGCAUCGGUUCAAGUGUCGAUGUCAAAGAAAAUCCCUGGAUAUAGCUGGAGUGACAUAGAAGAGCAACAAAAGAUUGACCCUAAUAUAGCCCCUGUCUAUCAGGCUGUAUUAACCAACAAGUGUCUGAGUCCAGUUGAACAGCGCAACAUGGAUGUGGAAUUAAAGAAGCUUGCUAGACAAUUCAUAAGACUCAAGCUUAAAAAAGGAGUGUUGUUCCGUACUAUCUUUGAUCCACGGGACGGAGAAGAAAUUUGUCAAUUAGUGGUUCCAGAACCCAUGCGUUACAAAGUCUACGAGAGUCAACAUGAUCAUUGUGGCCAUUUUGGAGAAAGAAGCACGCUGGAGCGCAUGAGACGGAGCUAUUACUGGCCGACAAUGAGUAAGGACGUUCAAAGCUGGGUCCAAGAAUGCAAGAGAUGUGCCCUUGCGAAGGAUGUUUUCCCUAAGAUUCGAGCCCCAAUGACGUGCACUAAUGUGUCUGCACCGCUGGAAGUCCUUGCUAUGGAUUAUACUGUCUUGGAGGAAUCUGUAGGAGGAUAUGAAAAUGUUCUCGUCUUAACAGAUAUGUUUACUCGUUUCAUGGUGGCAGUGCCAACCAGGAAUCAGACUGCCAACACUACGGCAAAAGCCCUGGUGCAGCAUUGGUUUGUCCAUUAUGGCUGUCCAGCACGUUUACAUUCUGACCAAGGUCGAUGUUUCGAAGCCAACGUCAUCAAAGAACUGUGUAAAGUCUAUGGAAUAGGAAAGAGUCGCACAACUCCUUACCACCCGCAGGGUAACUCUCAGUGCGAAAGAUUUAACAGAACCAUGCACGACAUGCUAAGGACGUUACCCCCAGAAAGGAAAAGGAACUGGAAAGAGUAUCUACCUGAGUUAGUUAUGGCAUACAAUAGCAGAACCCACACUUCAACUGGCUACUCACCGUUCUAUUUGAUGUUCGGUAGGGAUGCACGAAUGCCGAUGGAUAUCCUCAACGGAAGAGACAUUGAGAAUAGUGGAGUUGACAAUCUCGAUGAUUGGGUGAAAAGCCAUCAUGACAGAUUGAAGACCGCUGUUGAAGUAGCCAACCUGGCAGCCCAGGAAGCUGCAAGACGAAGAAAAAGAGCCUAUGAUCGCAGAUCAUAUGGAGCACUAAUGAGACCUGGUGACCGUGUUCUGUUACGAAACCAUUCACAUAGAGGAAGGAAAAAGAUACAAGAUCACUGGGAACCCUUGCCUUAUAUUGUGGUGAAACAGAAUCAUACAGACACCCCAGUCUACACAAUUCGUCCAGAGAAAGGAGGCCCUUGUAAAGUUGUACAUAGGGAUCAACUCAGACAUUGCACUUUUCAGUCAUCACAACCACUUCCCAUAUCUAGACAUGAAUCCAGAAAAACACAGGUCAGGCACACACUGAUUCAGAAGAUCCCGACCUUCUUGCAGUCCCUGUUGUUACAGUUGCACCUGCUACACUCACAGACACGGGAGGUAGAAGGGAAUAUGAGGGUGAACUAG